AUGAUGGUAGAAAAAGUCCCAGAUAGUACGUACGAAAUGGUGGGAGGUCCGGAUAAGCAAAUCAAGGAAAUCGAGAAAUUUAUCGAGUUGCCCGUCAAACACCCAGAGCUCUUCGAAUCUCUGGGCAUUGCACAGCCCAAGGGUGUUCUUCUUUGUGGACCUCCUGGGACGGGAAAGACUCGCUCGCGCCACUCCGAGCUUGUUCAGAAGUACAUCGGUGAAGGAAGCAGAAUGGUUCGGGAGCUAUUCGUCAUGGCCAGGGAGUAUGCACCUAGUAUCAUAUUUAUGGACGAGAUUGAUUCUAUCGGCAGUUCGCGAGGAGACAGUGGUUCGGGAGGUGGCGAUUCGGAAGUACAGCGCAUGAUGCUGGAGCUUCUCAAUCAGUUAGAUGGUUUCGAGGCUACAAAGGACAUCAAGGUUAUCAUGGCUACGAAUUAUAUAUUGGAUUCUGCACUUCUUCGUCCGGAACGUAUUGACCGAAAGAUCGAAUUCCCUCCCCCUGGCCCAGAAGCUCGUGUCAGCAUUCUUAAAAUCCACUCUCGCAAGAUGUCACUGCGCGGUAUCGACCUCAAAGCACUCACCGAGAAACUGGGCCGGUGCUCAGGCGCCGAAGUGCGCGGUAUAUGUACAGUCUUUUAA